AUGGGUCUUCCUAAAGGAUGGACGAGAACGAACACCAUUGCAGAAACUGAGACGGGAUUCAAGUCGGUGGAUUGUGUGCUGAACCGCGUCUAUCAUGGUUUGUUCUCCACUGAAAGCUGGGAAUCGUAUUUAGCCGCAACAUUGUUUGUUCGGAGCUGCUGCUCAUGCGGCCGCGACAAUACACGGCGCCGCGGACCAGAGUAG